AUGACGGCGGCGGACCUCGAGGAAACGGUAGAGGCCAGCGCGGGAAUGGAGAUCCGGCUCGGCGCCUCAACCUCCUUUAUCGAGGCGGGUAAGGCCCUGGUAGCGAGGUUCACGCUGAACAAGAAGCAGGCGAUUGCCUUCCUAAUCAUAUGCCGUCAGCUUGACCUCAUACGGCGCAGGGAGAAAGGCAACGGGUGUCAGCUAUGCCAAUUCGUCGGCGGAGAGGGCGGAACGGGCAAGUCGCGAGUCAUCGAGGCGCUCGCGGAGCGGUUCGUCCACGGGCAAUCCCGGAUGGACUGGCAGGAGAAGGACGUGCUUGUCGUCGACGAGGUUAGCAUGCUCGUUCCGCCCGGUCCAAGAGCGGUCGAUCCUCCUCCCAGCACGGCCGUCUCGUGGGACAUGGACAACUCUUUCAAGGCCGAGCAACGGCACCAGCACGACAAGGCGCACGCGCUGUGGAAGAGGUUCACGACCGUCGUCAUGCUCGACGAGCAAGUGCGCGCCGCUGGCGACCCAGAGCUGCAGAGGCUGUUAAAGCGAAUCCGACUGGGCGCGCAGGACCGCACGGAUCUGGACCUCCUCAACUCAAGAUGCUACCAGGAAGGUAGGCGGAUCCCGUGGGCAUCAGGCAUCACUGUGGUGACGCCGCUGAAUAGGAACCGGUGGAACCUCAACAUGGAGGCCAGCUUGGCGUUCCAGAUCCAGCACCGGUCGACGCUGCGCAUCUUCAUAUCCGGCCAUAAAUGGAAGGAGGGCUUGCCGACGGAGGAGGAGGCCAUCAUGAUGCUGAACCAGGGCGACGAUAGCGCAAUACCGGUGCCGGCCGUCUUCAUGUUCGUGCCGGGGAUGCCGGUCGUCGUGAACCACAACACCCAUCAGGGGCUAAAGCUGGUGAACGACAUGACGGUCCAUUUCGGGCCGCCGGCGGGGAUAAUGCUGGAGUCCGAGACAACGAAAGACAUUCACUCCAACGACGUCAGCCGAAAGGGUCUGCCCUGUACGGCGGCCUUCGCGUGCACAGACUAUAAAGUGCAGGGCAGGACGCUCGAGCGUGUAGCUCUGGAGCUGCGGGGGACGCGGACGUCAAACAUCGAUGGACGCGCCGUAUCCUCGCAGUGCGACCCGUACAGCCUGUACGUGCAGCUGUCCCGCUGCCCGACGUUGGAUGGCAUCAUGCUCGUCUCUAAAGUGCGGGAUAGAGAUUUGGUGGGCAAUAGAGUUCCAGAGGAGAUGACCGCCGCACAAGCGAGACCGGGUGAGCUGAGCGACAAGACUGUUCGCGAGGCCUCGGGAUGGCUAGACGUCGACUCUUUAAGCUCCAGGGGCAUAUAUGUGCAGCCAUGGUGA